GCACCGAGGCUCGCGGCUCUCGGCCGCACAUCACCCCUGGGGAGCUGCGGGUCCCGCAGCGAGGCCGCUGCCUCCGGGACCGUCUGGCGGCGGGGUCGCGGGCCUGGGCCGCGAUAGGACGGCGAAGGGUGACGCGCUGACGGCCGUGUGAACAUUAACCUGCCGCCGGCGUCCCGCGGCCAGCGCGGGGGGCCCGUCACAGCGGGCACCAUGGCCACGGCAAACGACAGGGCCGUGCUGCAGACCAUCUUUAACCCCAGCACCCCCUUCGGAGACAUCCCUGGGCUGGAUGAGGAGGAGGAGGAGGACGCCCGUGAGGAAGGGGAUCCGUUUGCGCCGGAGCUGCUGGAGCAGGCGCGGGACCUGGAGCUGCAGGGCGUCUCUGCCGCCGAGUCGGGAGACAUAAGCACGGCGCUGGAGAGGUUCAGCGAGGCCAUCCGCCUGCUGCCCGAGCGCGCCUCGGCCUACAACAACCGCGCCCAGGCGCGGCGCCUGCGCGGCGACGUGACGGGGGCCCUGCGGGACCUGGAUGCCGCCAUCCGCCUGAGCCGGGGCCGCGGCCGCGCCGCCUGCCAGAGCUUGGUGCAGCGCGGCCUGAUCCGGCGGCUGCAGGGGCGCGAGGACGAGGCGCGGCGGGACUUGGAGCGGGCGGCGCGGCUGGGCAGCGCCUUUGCCCGGCGGCAGCUGGUGCUGCUCAACCCCUACUCGGCGCUCUGCAACCAGAUGCUCGGCGAGAUGCUGGGGCGGCUGCGCAACCCCGAGAGCCCGUGAGGCGGGCGGGAGGCGGGCAGAGCCGCCAGCGCACGCUCCCGCCGCCGCAGAGGGCCCGUCCCUGCCGCCGCGGGUGCUGCCGCCGUUCCUCCUCCUGGCUGGCGGCCGGGGACAGGCCGUAUCCAAAGGCUCGGCUUUGUCUCGGCUCCGCUCCACCCCAAUAAACCUCCCCGUGUUCCCGGCA